AUGCAGCGUCGCAACAGCACCAAAUCCCAGGAUCUCCCCCGCCGCAAGUCAACCUCGUCCGUGAAGAACGUCCAGCUGAUACACGUCCACCCAGAGACAGCCGAACAUGAUGCACAAAGUGCUGCUGUGGAGGCUUUCGUGAGAGCCAGAGAUCGAGCGUCAAAUAGUGUCGCAUAUUGGCCACCACCUCGAUCAAGCGAACGGCCAGCACUGAGUCGCCAUCAGAGCUCCCCCGAAAGACAUUCCGAUACACAUCCCAUUCGAAGACAACAAAGCGUUCGAUUUGUUCAACCCAAGGGCUCUGCCUCGAACCCCAAGGACGAGACGGCGCCAUAUACUCCUUCCAAGCAGAGACGUACUAGGGUCAUUCGUGCCAAUACAAGUUUGAGUCAGACAGGACAGACACAGCGACUGCAACCACAGAGCCAUGCAUCAGCCUCUGGCAUGGUCUCUGCUGCAAAGGGCGUGGCGGGCAACUACAUUAAUGCGCUUCUUGUAGGAGAGGAACAUUACACACGUGAAGAUGAAACCGCUUCAGCUCCUAGUUCUCAUGGUCAAUUGCGAAAAUCCAAAUCAAUGUACCCGGGUUCGGAAUUGGGAGUAACACCAGGUGCCCGCAGCGUUAAAUAUAGUGAAAUAUCUGCAUUGAGGACUCCAAGAUCGAUGAGCGUGCUGAGGUCCAGACAGGAAUCUUCCAGCACGUCCACCUUCAACCACAACACAUCGCCAAUCGCUGCAAAAAACGAGCCCAGCGCAGCAAGCACUAUACCUCGCCUCGUGAAAUCACAAUCUUCUGCCCAACUGCGCUCCAGGUCAGCUAGGCCGGAAAAGAUCUUCAAGAAGACACUACGGAAUCUUAGUGAUGGCACGACUUCUCUACGUGUCAAGGGCACGAAGGAUAGUAGCCUGAGAUUCAAGGCACGCCAGGUUUCUCAAAACUUCAAGCACAAAUUGAAAGCCUUGUUCAGCACCAUCAGAGGCGACACUGAAGACGUUACGAUUCCGCCUCAGCAGGUGGAAGCACGAAGGACCUAUGUGACUGACUUGAGAGACUCAGACCACGCAUCUGAGGACCGUCAUUCUGACAGCACUGGGAAAGAAACCACAACAGUUUCUCGCGUCAGCUCCGGUAUCCCGUCAUUCCACAAUAUCCCUUUGGAGCAUCAGUUGCAUUCUCGCCAAGGCAGUCUUGAAAGCCUCCAUAGUGAGAGAAGGACUUCCGACGAAAGGUCGAGGGUGACUAGCUGGUCUGAUUCGGAUGGAACAACUUGCGGCACUGUUAAUAGUUCACAAACUACACAAGGAAAACAGCGUUUAUCGGUGAUCAAAGAAACUGGAGCGUAUGCCGCUUCGCACCAACGGCGACGUCCAAUCUACAAUGAAUGGACCGACAUACAGGAAGAUACGAUCCAUUCAAAUUCUACCACGAACAGUUCUGCAAACAACUUGAGAGGGCAAAGAUUGUACUCGGCUCUCAUGAAAAGGACUGGCAUGGAAGUUCCCAAGAGAGUCCAAAUCUCUCACAACCAGAGUCAAAAAAGCCUAGAAGUUUUUGUCGAACAAGAUCUCGUGCCCACCAGAGGCAGCUCCAGAUCUUUCUCUUCGUCCAAGACAACAAUCAUCAACGACGCCAACAAAACCGGGCCCCCAUCUGGUAUUACCCAUACCAUGCAAUUUGACACAGUCAAGAAUGAUUCAGAUCCAACCGAUGAUCCCUUCAUCAGCUGCAACAACAUACGAUUGGAAACAACGAAUUCGGCUGACGAUGUAUCGUCUGCACUACGAGAUACCAGCCUGCAGCGAAGCUCGAGUUUUUCGACUCGAUCACUCACAAUCACGAAUGCCAAAAAGCCUGCGUCCCCAAUCAAAACGUUGUCCGCACGGAGCUCAGCAUUCUUUGGAAGUCCAGAAUGUCAUUUGUUCAGGACGCAAAGCCCUUACCGACGCGCUGUACGGGGAUCUAUGCAAGCGGCUGCCGAAGCGUCGCUACCCAAAUCUCCUGCAUUCAAUCCUUGGAAAAUGUCGCUGCCUGAAGUUCGGAUUCGACGUCCGAGCACUAGCGAGUCUGAAAAUGACCAGAAGAUGGCAUACGAGGAAAGCAUCUAUUCCAACGAUGUAGCUCUCGUUGAUACCUCAUGUAGCACUCAUGGUCUCGUUCCAAAUCUUCUACAGCCGUCGGAGAAACACGGGCAUGCUACCAUCUUUCUCGACCCCCCUAAGUAUCAAAGCCCGAGGAUCAGUAUUGCUCAUCGGUCUACAUCAUCUACGAGUUCGAGUGAUUGGAAGUCGUGGCUCUCCGCCAAUAUGUCAGAGUUGGAUGGCCAAUGCUCAGGCCUUGAGCAUCCUCAAAGUAUAGAGAAAGUGGUCAGUCAACCCGACCUAACGUGGGGUGGCGGACAUGUUCGCGAAAAUGCACAGAUUGACGGCGAUGGGGAGGACGAAUCGGCUUCUCCGCGCAAAGUCGAGAUAUUCGGUUCAGCUGAUCAAGUGUCCUGUGCAGUCAAGAAUGAUCCUCAGAGACCGCGGGGGCAGUUAGACGAUAUCCGUACUGAUGGGCUUGCAAAAGCAGCGCCGGCCACAAAACAAAGGCCAGUCGCGACAUCUUACCCUCCUGUCAACAAUAUUCUAAAGAUCAAACCUUCGAUGGCACAUGUACAGACGGAUAAAGUCAAUGAGAAUACGCCCAAUAUUGGUACUUGUGGCAACCGCAAUACAUCCAAGCCUCGAACUGUCGUCCAAACUCGAUCUCUCAGUGCUCUCAAGACACAAGACCAGAAUGUGGCCCCACUGUAG